AUGGCGAAAGUCUUUGGGAGCCUGGUGGAAUUCCAAUCAGAAUUAGCGGACGCUGCAGAGAAACUCGUAGUCAUCGACUUUUCUGCCACAUGGUGUGGACCAUGAAAAAUGAUCAAGCCUUUCUUCCAUAGUCUCGUUGAGAAGUAUCCAGAUGUGAUUUUCGUUGAAAUUGAUGUGGAUGAUGCUCAGGACAUUGCCGCACACUGUGACAUGAAAUGCAUGCCAACAUUCCAGUUCUACAAAAACAAGGAAAAGGUGCAUGAAUUUUCUGGAGCAAACAAAGAAAAACUGGAAGAAACCAUUAAGAAGCUAAAAUAACCAUUGGUUCUGGCUCAUUAAAUGCGACUGUUAAGUUAUAGCCUUUUCUACAUAAACUGGCCAACUUAGCAUAUGUAUCGAAAUACACUUGUCUCUUCAGACUGUAAGGGGGCUGGGC